AUGCAUGUUUGGUCCUUUGAAAUAGGUCUUUUGGAGCAUUCUGGAGCAUAUAAGGAGCAUGGAGGGACUUGGCACAUGGAAGCAGCUCAACUGGAUACGCAAAGGAAGAAGGGAGAAGCCAUCUUGAAGACCAGCUCGACCGUCUACUCGACCAACCGGUCGAGUUCCUCAACUCGACCGGCCAAGCUUCAACUCGAUCGAGCUGGAAGUGUAUGCGAACUCGAUCGAGUCGGUCUAAGAAGACUUGGUCGAGCUAGACAUUACAACGGAGGGGAAUGGAAACCCUUUGGGCAUGGACUCGGUCGAGCUAGGCAAACUCGACCGAUUGGUCAAGGAGAUGCUCCAAACCGCCACCAACAGAGACAAGGGAUUGUUCCACCACCAGUGCAGAACCACAACUUUGAGAUCAAGCUGGGAAUGAUCAACCUUGUCCAGAACAAGAUGUUCCAUGGAUUGCCAAGUGAAGACCCCAUUGACCACCUUGAUGAGUUUGAUAGGCUUUGUGAUUUGACAAAGAUCAAUGGUGUCUCUGAAGAUGCCAUCAAGCUGAGACUCUUUCCUAUGUCUCUAGCUGACAAAGCUCACCAAUGGGAGAAGAGCUUGCCCCAUGGCACAAUCACCACUUGGGAUGAAUGCAAGAAGGCCUUUCUUGCUAAGUUUUUCUCCACCGGUCGCACAGCCAAGCUUAGAGGAGAGAUAUCCAGCUUCAUCCAGCGAAACAAUGAGACAUUCGCAGAGGCUUGGGAGAGGUUCAAAGGCUACACAAGUCAGUGCCCACACCAUGGAUUCAACAAUGAAUCACUACUCUCCACUCUUUAUAGAGGAUGCUUGCCUAGGUAUAGGGAGAUGCUAGACACAGCUAGCAAUGGGAACUUCCUCAACCAGGAUGUAGAUGAUGGCUGGCAACUUGUGGAGAACAUGGCCAUAUCAACAGAAUGCUAUGGAGAGCACUAUGAAAGUACAGACUGGAGCUCGACCGCGCACUCGAUCGAGCUGGAGCUCAGAUGA